AUAACUCUGAAUGUUCAUCCCAAAAGUUUUACCCGCUGGCACUCCCCACCACGCAUUCUCUCUCCCCACCCCCAACGCAGCGAUUGCAGGAACCAUUUCACUUAUCUGGGAGAAUUCAGAGAGGUACAUUUCACUUAUUUGGGAGAAUUCAGAGAGGUACGGAGAAAUUCAAUCCCUUUCCUCAUGAUUAUGUCAGUGCAUUUCUCUCUUGCUGCUUUGAUUUGAUUAGCCUAGUUUGGUAAUCGGAGUAAAGCAGAUAGCCAUGUUUGGGAAAAUAAGUUUCUGCAGAGAGUGCACCCUUGUUAAUUUGUUGAUCCUGUCUGUAAUAGCAUCAAGAUGCUUGUCAGCUCCCACAGAAAGAUUAGGCAGUAUUUUUCAGAACCAAUCAAUUUUAGAUGGGCAGACACUAGUGUCCAUGAGCAGAAUUUUCGUGCUCGGUUUCUUUAGCCCUGGAGCUUCGAGCAAGCGAUAUGUUGGUAUAUGGCACAACGAUGUUUCAGAAAGAAGAGUUGUAUGGGUUGCCAACAGGAACGAUCCAUUACAAGAUACUUCUGGCAUACUUAAGUUUGAUAACAGUAGCAAUCUGAUCGUUUUAGAUGGGAGGGGCAACUCAUUCACAGUGGCUUAUGGACGGGGAGUGCAAGAUGUGGAGGCUGCAAUGCUGGAUAACGGCAAUUUCAUCUUAAGGAGCAUCACGAACCAAGCUAAGAUCAUAUGGCAGAGCUUUGACUCUCCUACUGAUACAUGGUUCCCUGGAAUUAAUAUUACACUUGGUGCUAAAUUGCUGACUUCAUGGAAGAGCUAUGAUGACCCAGCAGUAGGGGAUUAUUCUUUUGGACCUGGCAUAACUAAUGCAUCUCAACUCAUUAUCUGGUGGAAAGGGAUCCAAUUUUGGACCAGUUUACGCUGGAAUGGUGAUACCAACUCUCUCAUUCCAGAGCUGACAUCUCUUGGUAUCAUCCCUGUUUUAUUUCAAUGUGACAACCUUACAUGUACAUACACUGCCAAUCCCAGAGACACAAUGACAAAGAUUGUGUUAGAUCCAAAUGGUUCAUUGAACAUAGCCCAAUUUAGUCCUGUAACUGAGUCAUGGACUCUGUUAUGGCGACAGCCUCCUAGCUGUGAGGUAUCUAACAUAUGUGGUGUUUUUGGUAUAUGCAACAACAAUAUGUCACCCAUAUGUCAUUGUCCACUAGGCUUUGAACAACAAGCAGGAGAUACCCGGAAAGGGUGCACUAGGCAAAUCCAACUGCAGUGUAAUGGUGAUAGGUUUGUUAAUAUGUCCAAUAUGCGAUUCCCUGACUCAAGAGUUAAACUUUCUGUUAUGGGAGACGGCAAAUGCCAAUUGGAAUGCAUGAAAAAUUGCUCCUGCACUGCAUACACUUAUUCUGUAUUGGAUGGUUGCAGCCUAUGGUAUGGCAAUUUAACAAAUAUGCAGGACGGAUAUAAGAGUGGAGCAGGGACUCUUUAUCUUCGUGUUGCUAAUAGUUCAGGUCACAAAUUACUUUGGAUAGCUGGUGUACUUCCUUCAAUUGGAUUUCUUAUUUUUUGUCUGAUCUUGUUUAUUUGGAUCAGCAGAUCAAAAAACAAAGGAAAAGGAAAACAGGAUGGUCAUCACUCCAUAAUGACUUCGGAUGCUAUCAAACUCUGGGAGGAAAACAUGCUUGGAGAAGGGGGGUUUGGCCCAGUGUACAAGGGCCACUUACCGGAUGGGCAAGAGAUUGCUGUUAAGAGACUGGCAGCAAAUUCAGGGCAAGGGUUAACUGAGUUUAAAAACGAAGUCCUCCUCAUAGCUAAACUUCAGCACAGCAAUUUAGUCCGGCUGUUAGGUUGCUGCAUUGAAGAGGAAGAGAUGCUAUUAGUGUAUGAGUACAUGCCAAACAAAAGCUUGGAUUUCUUCUUAUUUGAAAAAUCAAGAAGAGCUUUGCUAGACUGGGAGAUGCGCAUGAACAUAAUCGAAGGGGUCGCGCAGGGUCUUAUCUAUCUCCACAAGCAUUCUCGGCUCAGGGUUAUCCAUAGGGACCUGAAAGCAAGCAACAUUUUGCUGGACACUGAUAUGAACCCUAAGAUCUCGGACUUUGGGAUGGCGAGAAUAUUCGAUCCCAAAGGAACGCAAGCCAAUACGAAAAGAGUUGUAGGAACAUAUGGCUACAUGGCUCCCGAGUAUGCUAUGGCAGGCAAUUUCUCCACCAAGUCCGAUGUGUUUAGCUACGGAGUGUUGCUUCUGGAGAUUAUCAGUGGAAUGAGAAACGCUGGACCUCGAAGGCAUGGCAACUCCGUUAGCCUCCUUGGUUACGCAUGGGAACUAUGGAACGAAGGCAGGUGCCAUGAGCUCAUCGAUAAACCAUUACGCGGCAGGUGUCCUGAGAACGUAGCGUUAAGAUGCAUCCAUGUCAGCUUGCUGUGUGUUCAGGAGCAAGCUGCGGAUCGGCCCUCCAUGACUGAGGUCAUUUCAAUGAUUACCAACGGAAGUGCCACGUUACCAGACCCAAAGCAGCCCGGUUUCCUCUCCAUGUUGGUCCCAAACGAAACCGAUGUCGCUGAAGAAACAUGCUCCCUGAAUGGUCUCUCAGUCACCAUCCUUGACGGAAGAUAGCACUAGUUCAAAUCGCCGCCUUUCUUUGCUUGGUCCAUGCAUGCGCGUUACCAUUGCAUCACUUUGCAUGGUAUUUCCCAAAAGUUAUAUUACGGGAGCCUGAAAGUUUUGUUCUCAUGCAUCCAGGCUAAUGGUAUAUAAGCAUCGCCGCAUCAUUGAGUCCUUGUCCUUAGAGGAACGUAUGGUUGUUGAUGGUGCCAACCUGGCAUUAUGACUUUCUGAUUUCAUCACAUAUUUUCAUCCAGGCUAUAUAUAUGCUCGCUUUUAUUCUGUUCGGUCAAGAUU